CGAUGUUUAAAAUUCUGACUAUCGAGAAGAGCUCUUACAUAAUUGACACGUUAUACAUCGGUGAAAUUCUGGUUGCUGCAACAAGCAACGCUGUUUAUUUUUAUGACAAACAUGAUAAAUUGGUGCAUGUCUUGAAGAUUUGUCAUAUAAACAAGGUGAAAUGGGAAAAGGAAAGGUUCUUCGUGUUGAGUGGUAAAACGAAACUGCAUGUACACGAGAUUUUGAACUAUAAAGACAUUGUAACUGAUAACAAGUCGGAGAAUUUCAAAGUUAGAAAGGCGGGAUGCACUGAUAUAAAAGAGUAUGGUGGUAUAUUGCUAAGUUAUGAGAUUGCUAAUAUUCAUAGCAUAUAUUAUUUGAACGUUUCUGAUACUUUUAUAGUAUUAACGAGCUUGUGUGGCACGUGCUAUAUUCUGGAAAGAGACUCACUUCGCUAUGUAGGCAGAUACCAUUUCUUAGCUAUCCCGCUGGAAUUAAAGACGAGACAAGAUUGGCUGUUCGUGCUUUCGAAACAACACACGAAGUACUACUUCACUAAAUACAAGAUUGGAGUAUCUGUUAAAAAUGCACUUGUUCCCGAGGAAUAUGUUGUUCCUGUAGACCGGUACAGUCAUGUUCUCAUAGAGAAGGAUUAUUCGUUUGAGCUGGAUAAAUGUCAUUCAUUUGUGAUUACGAAAGAGAGGUUGAUAUUCCUUUCCUCCGAUAAAAUCGUACUGUACCACGGUUUUAUAAAACUAUUUGUGCUUGAGGUAAAAAUUUCACCUGAUUGUUAUCUUGUGAUAGGCAAUACAGUUUUAAUCGUGGACUGCAAUGAUAGGGAGCACAUCAUAGAAGUCACAAGCAACAAAGUUAUCCAUGAGUAUGACAGCGCCUUUACAGAGCAAUAUAAACAACAAUAUGAUUCGUUACGUCGUUGCACGAGAGCUCGUACAUUUAAUCCGAUAAAAGGAUCAAUCAUACACUUAGGUAGCAAUGAAAUUAUCCAAUAUCGGUAUUUUGAUACUGUAUAUAGGGAAUUUGAUGUAAAAUGCGAACAAAACGAGACAACAAAAACUUUCUCUGGUCCAAUUAAGAAUUACUUCGUGUAUGAGCCAUACAUUUUUGUUGUUGCUAACAAAAUAGAAUUUUUUGACGUGGAAAUGCUGAAAAAAAUGGUACAUACCGGGCUUGACGGUGCCAGAACGAAUUUGGUAGCUUCCCAGGUUGGACAGUACCUCAAAAAUACUUUUUUUGAUCUAAAGACUCUUGUGGAUAUAAUAGUGGUCAAGAAGAGCGUAAUCAUGAUAUUCCAGACGUUUUUAAUCCUAAAGGAAGAAAAAUACGAUGUUGUGUACACGGCUUACCACAUUAAUAGCAAGUAUUUGGUUUUUUCUAACAAGAACACUGUAAAAUUACUACGACUGAAGCUGAUAGAGAGCGUUAGCCUAGAUCGGACCGCCGAUAUAUUCAAAUGUUACACGUUCAAUUUCGUUAUUUUUGACGUACUAGUGUACAAACGAACGUUUAUUCUUCUCACUGGAGAUAGAACCAUCAGAAUUUACGAUUUCAAAAAGCGGUCCUUCGUGUUUAUCCAAUUUUUCCUAUGCAACGUUAGUACGGUAUUUCUCAUAAAAAAUUUUCUGUUCGUUGUAUCAAAACACAUUUUAAAGACCAGAAUUUCCAAAAAUUACGAAAUCACAGAUCAGAAAACGAUUGGAGGUAACUACGAGUUUGUUUCGAAAAAGAGGUAUAAUUCGAAACAUAGCGAGAAAAUGCUACUGUGCAUCAAACAAAAUGAGCACUAUAAGCAUUUUUUGGUGACCAAAAGGAAAAUUUAUGAAAUGAGCAAGGAUGAAUUAUAUGUUUCCGCCUACUCUGUAAAAUUUUCAGAUAAUAAAAUGAAUUUUUAUGAGAGGAAACAGCACUAUCGACUCAAAAGCACACAUACUGUAGAUAAAACAGCACCUAUAGGCACAAGUAGCAUGAUAUUUGUGGGAGAUAUAAUGAUUUUUAAUCAUGUCGAUGGUACUUACAGGGUACGGUUCGGUGAAUCUAAUGAGAAACAACAUGAUGGCUAUUUAAAAGCUGCAGCCAACUUUAAUAACUGUUUAUUAGCACUCGUUUGGAGAAUGGAUAGAUGCUUUCUAGACAUCAUAGAAGAAAAAGGUGUUGAUUCAAUACAACUUAGCCGUGAUUAUGAUUUAAUAACUGCCUGUGACGACAAGAUAUUGCUAGUCAAACACGAAAAGAUAUUUUUGUAUGAUUUCAUGGAUAAAAGUUCUAAGAAACGAAAAAAAUACGAAAUCAGAGCGAAUGGCGGCGUCUAUAUCACUGCGCCAUCCCCUAUUUUAAAGAUAAUCGGUAGGAACCGCUACGUUUAUUUGAUAACCAAAAAGGAUGCGUUGAUGAUUUUCUAUAAGACCAAGCUUAAGUAUUCGAUCUUUGAAACACAGUACCUAAUUAAUUUUGAGGUACUCAAAGAUGACCUCAUAAUUACAAGCGAUAAAAUCGGUAAAAUACGCCUAUACAGAAUUGUAGAUGAUAUUAAGCUGAUGUUUGUGCGUGAUAUACGCGAUAUUUUGGUUUCUGCUGUGCUAGUUGGCGAUAUUAUCUAUUAUUUGACCGGUAAUGGUACCAAGGGAAUGAUCCAAAUAAGGUACAAAGCGCGAAACUAAAACACAGUUUAGUAGGGACAACUGUUCAGAGGCAUGAUCAACCAUGGUAUGGCGAAUGAAGGAACCUCUAGUUUGCUGUUUCAUCCAGCAAUCCCAGUAUGAUGCAUGCGCCGGUUUAGAUGCCGCUCCACCAUCAAUGUAGGUGCAGCAUAUUUACGAUUUCAUCCAGCUAAACACUAUCAUUGGCGCAAAAAAACAAUUUCCUUAACAUCUUUCAAAUGAUACCGGUUUGUAAUAAUACCUUGCCGUAGACCGUUCUCUAUCUAUGCCUACUGGGGUAUCCCCUGUUUUUAACGUGGUAUUAUUGGUGCUGCUUACGCACUGCAAGAAUGGUAACGAAAUAAUACAGAAAUGUUCAUUAUACGUGCGGUUAAGGGUUUUCUAAACAAAUAUGGAAAUGCUAAAGCGUACAAAGGCUCAAAUGAAAAUAUGGUUAUCAUACGUACAAGAAUAAAUUAUUAUUAA